GCUUAUCCCGGUUGCUAUCAUCCAUAGUUUCUUAGGUCCAAAAUAUGACGACGUGGUCUAAAACUUUGGAAGCUUGAUAGUCACAAUCACAAACAACGUAUUCACACCUUCUAAGUCCCUUAACCAAACAAAGAAAAACAAAUACAAAACAAAAUAGAAUAGAAUCACACCUAGAAUCAAAACCUAAAGUUACUGAUUAAUCCAACACAAAAAAAAUGGGAUAGUAGAAGAAGCUCACAACGUGAAAGUUUUGGGUUCAGGUUCAUAGUUCUAGCUCAUGGGUUUGGCACAGAUCAAUCUGUAUGGAAACACCUCGUACCUCAUCUUUUGGAUGAGUUUCGUGUCAUACUUUAUGACAACAUGGGAGCUGGUACAACUAAUCCAGAUUAUUUUGAUUUUGAGCGUUAUUCAACCUUAGAAGGUUAUGCUUAUGAUUUACUUGCAAUCUUAGAAGAGCUUCGAGUUGAUUCAUGUAUCUUUGUUGGUCAUUCUGUUUCUGCCAUGAUUGGAACUGUUGCAUCAAUUUCUCGACCUGAUCUAUUCAACAAAAUUAUCUUGAUAUCAGCUUCCCCAAGGUAUUUGAACGACAGGGACUACUUUGGAGGAUUUGAGCAAGAAGAUUUGGAUCAAUUAUUCGAUGCUAUGGCAUCAAAUUACAAAUCAUGGUGUUCUGGAUUUGCUCCAAUGGCAGUUGGAGGGGACAUGGAGUCAGUAGCAGUACAAGAAUUCAGCCGAACAUUGUUCAACAUGAGACCAGACAUAGCCCUAAGCGUGUUACAAACAAUUUUUAAAAGUGACAUGAGACAAAUAUUAUGCAUGGUCACUGUCCCAUGCCACAUUAUACAAAGUAUGAAGGAUCUAGCAGUUCCGGUCGUGGUCGCGGAGUAUCUCCACCAACAUGUUGGUAGCGAGUCCAUCGUGGAGGUUAUGUCGACAGAGGGUCAUUUGCCACAAUUAAGUUCGCCGGACGUUGUUAUUCCGGUGAUACUCAAACACAUUCGUCAUGAUAUUGCGGCUUGAUGUUAAUGUGUGGUAGGUGUGGUGCAUGAUUGUAUUAUUUAGGUUUUUUUUAAGUAAUAAGAAAAUGAAAGAGCAUGAAAGAGGGAUGCUUUUAGUUUUGUGUCCGUUUCGUAGAUGACUAAGGGUGAUGGGGUUGGCAACACAUGUUUCCAUCAAUUAUGUAUUGUUGUUAAUUGUAUGCUAGUGUUUUUAAUUUUGGUAGGUGGUGAUGCCAUCAAUAAUUAUGGGCAUCAAGUGUUGUUAUCCAUUUUUUUACAAAAGGUGUUGUUAUCCUUGUAAUGUGGGGAUGGAGGCUGUGAAUAAUAAAUAAAUAGUUUUUUUUUGUCUUGUUGGUCAUGUGAAA